AUGCGGGAAGAGGAGCAGGAGGACGCUGCGGCUCUGAGGCAGCAGAGGAGACUGAAACAGGCGAUCAGGUUCCUGCACAAAGACUCUGCUGAUCUGCUGCCACUCGAUGGACUCAAGAUGCUCGGCACUUCUAAACAAGGGCAGCCGCACCAUAUCCUGCAGAAGCGCCUGCUGGAGACCAAGCUUUCCCGGGACAGGAUAAACAUGUGCGAAGUGACGGUGAACAAUGGAGGGGUCCUCCUGAGCUGCAGUCCUUUAAAUCCACACGAAGACGAGGAAGAAGAGAGGGAAUAUUUGAAUUAUGUGCAAUGUAAUUGUGUAGGACAGGAGGUGAAUGUGCUGAUCGACACAGGCUGCAGACUGAACCGGAUGUCCUCGCUGACUGUGGAGAGAUUAGGUUUGAAAGAGCUGGUGGAGGAACACAAAGAGGAGGUGGAGGGGUUUCCAUUUCAGAGUAAACUCUACAUCGACGGCCACAUCAAGGGACUCAGUCUGACCAUCGGACAACUCAGGAUCAUGUGCUCAUUUGCCAUACUUGAAAGUGACAGGCCACUGAUGUCGCUAGGAAACAAGACACUUAAGUCACAAAAGUGUGUAAUUGACACUGAAAAGCAGAUGUUGGUGUUUGGGACAGCUGUGAGGGAGCAAGUUCCAUUUGUUAAAAGGCCAUUCGGAGAAAGUUCCUCUGACUUCAGAGACCUGGGAUACUGA